AAAAGAACAAUGGAAACCACAUGGCCUCACCUAUACACACCAUUUUGGACAUUUUCUUUGAGUACUAUCUUACCUUCAAAGCUAAGCAAUUCAAUCACUCAGUAGCCAUAAUGAGUACGGCUAUCCCUCUUAAUUUCAUCAAACCAUCAUCACCCUAACACAUACAUAAAUUGUCUCGACACAACCAUCCGACCCAUAAAUCCAUUCCUUGAUUCCCCUCCACCUAAAUAUCCUCCGAAGUCAGUAAUCCUCGUUCACUGCACUGUUCCGAGUACAGCAGUCAUCAGAACAGUUCAGCUUCCCGAACUUCCUCUCAGAAAAAAUGCUUCCUCUGUUUCUCCUUCUCCUCCUCCUACUUUGUUCGAAUUCUCAGACUGCUCGAUCUGCUCAUUGUACAACUUCGACGUCCACCACGUCUUUCCAGAAAUGCACCUCCCUCCCAACCCAACAAGCCUCCAUGGCAUGGACCUUCCACCCUCACAAUGCCACCCUUGACCUUGCCUUCUUCGGCACAUUCAUCUCCCCAACCGGCUGGGUCGGUUGGGGGAUCAACCCGACCUCCCCGGAGAUGACGGGAACUCGGGCCUUGAUUGCCUUUCCGGACCCAAACUCGGGUCAGAUAGUUCUCCUCCCGUUCAUCAUUGACCCGUCCGUGAAGCUCCAGAAGGACCCGCUCUUAUCCCGUCCCCUCGACAUCCAUGUCCUCUCAUCUUCCGUGGCCCUGUACGGUGGAAAGAUGGCCACCGUCCAUGACGGUGCCACAGUCCAAAUCUAUGCCACCCUAAAGCUCAGCCCCAAUAAGACGAGGAUCCACUUCAUCUGGAACCGCGGGCUCUAUGUCCAAGGAUACUCCCCAACGAUCCACCCGACAACCGCCAACGACCUUUCCUCCAUUGCCACCCUGGACAUCCUCUCAGGCACCGCCGCCGCCCCGCAUGGCAACAUUGGGGCCAUGAAGACGGCUCACGGGAUCAUCAACGCGGUCUCCUGGGGGAUCCUCCUCCCAGUCGGGGCAGUGAUAGCGAGGUACCUGAGGCAUAUCCAGGCCCUGGGGCCAGCUUGGUUUUACGUCCACGCGGGGGUGCAGCUGCUCGGGUUCUUCCUAGGGACGGUGGGGUUCGGGCUCGGGUUACGGCUGGGGGAGCUGUCUCCAGGGGCGGCGUACGGGCUGCACCGGAAGCUCGGGGUUGCGGCGUUCUCCCUAGGGGCCCUGCAGACACUGGCGCUGCUGUUCAGGCCCAGGACAACAAACAAGUUCAGGAAGUACUGGAAGUCCUACCACCACUUCGUGGGCUAUGCUUGUGUGGUCUUGGGAGUUGUGAAUGUCUUCCAAGGCUUCGAAGCCAUUGGAAUGGGCAGAUCCUAUGCAAAGCUUGGCUACUGCCUCUGCCUGUCUUCACUGAUUGGGAUCUGCAUAGCCUUGGAGUUCAACAGCUGGGUGAUCUUCUGUAGGAAGUCAAAGGAGGAGAAGAUGAGGAGGGAAGGUCUGAUCGGAGGCUCUGAGAAAGAAAGUGGAAGCUAUAGAUAGGUAGAGCAACAGGAGUAUCAGUUCCGGUGACAGAAGAGGCUCGGUCGUUUUGCGUCAUUCCAAUUUUAUCGGGAUGUCUUUAGAAACAUAACACCCUACAUAUGUUCCGGAACUCAGACUACGGCUUUUCACUGCUCGAAUUGCAUCAAGAAUUUUCCUUCUAGUCCCUCUUUCUAUCUGAACUUAUCUUUGGAACUA